AUGGCAAAAUUUAACAUUCCUACGUCCAGGCCUGAGUACAAUCUACCAACAGGAGCUAAUGAAAAUUCAUUUUUGAACUGUAACACUCCUACUGAUAUAUUUUUAGUGUUCAUGGAUUGUAUUUUAGAGGACAUAGUAUAUCAGACAAAUCUUUAUGGAACACAAAAUGGAUACAAUCGCUUACCUUCGUGGAAAGACUAUUGGUCUACUUCCCCUGAUUUGGGGGUAAAACUUAUUGCUGAAUCAAUGCCCCGUGCUUUAUUUGAUAAGAUUCUAGUAAAUUUGCAUUGUAAUGACAACACUGCUCUGCCAGAUAACAAUAAAGAUAAACUAUUUAAAUUAAGGCCAAUGAUAGACAAAAUGAAUUCCGUUUUCAAACAGCAUUAUUUUGGGACAAGGGAAGUGAGUGUAGACGAAAGUAUGAUCAAAUUUAAAGGUAGAUCGUCACUAAAACAGUAUAACCCAAUGAAACCAAUUAAAAGAGGAUAUAAACUGUGGUGCCUAGCUGACCAAAAAGGUUAUAUAAUGAAUUUUAAAGUAUAUCAAGGCAAAGAAGAAUUAGUGAAUUCUAGUUUUGAAAAAUAUGGACUUGGGGAACGUGUUGUUCUAGAACUCACAGAACAUUUGUGGAAUCAAAACCGAGAGCUGAAAAUUGAAAAAACACUGGGCUGUGGAACAAUUCGUAUAAAUCGAAAAGGGUUACCACUAAAUAUGACAUCUGAUAAAACACUAAAUCGAGGUGACCACGAUUCAAAAUAUUUGUCAGAUGGAACUGCAUUUUUCAAGUGGAAAGACAGUAAGCCGGUACAUAUCAUUUCAAACUUCCAUGGAUCUGAAACGACAACUGUUACAAGGAAAGAAAGAAAUGGCACAUCACAUCCAGUUCCGUGUCCUACAGCAGUUGCUGAUUAUAAUCGUUUCAUGGGUGGAGUAGAUUUGGCAAAUCGAUUAAGGGAUUUAUAUAAUGUGGAAAGGAAAUCACCUGUUGCACAAGGGCUUUUAACAAAUAAACAACUAAAAAAAAACCAGUUACCACAAACUCCAAAAAACAUGAAACGACGCAAAAAUGCAUUUUCCAUGCCACGAGAUGUCAGAACAAGUAAUACAGGAGUUCAUUGGCCGAAGUUCAUAGAAAAAAGAGCAAGAUGUGAGGUGUGUAGUUCCAAAGGUGUGGAAUCCAGACCAUUUUCUAUUUGUAAUCAUUGCAAAGUACAUUUAUGUCUCAAUGAGAAAAAAAAUUGUUUUGUCGAAUACCCAUGA